AUGGCAAGAAUCUGGUUAUUCCUCUUCUUGUUCUGCAUUUCAACAACCUCAGCAAUAAUAGUUUUGUCAGAACAAAUUCCAUACUGGGCUGGAGGUACUUCAAUUAAUUCACCGUUUGGAAACAGAUUACUUGAAACUGAUCAACAGCUAAGCAACUUGGGACUCCUCAGCCCAGGUAAUCUUGCUGGCCCUGGUUUGGGGAAUUUAAGUUUCGGUGGCCUUCAAGGUCUCAAUGGUCUCCAAGGUCUCAGUGAUUUGCAAGGUUUCGGGGGCUUGCAAGUAAUCCAAAUACCACUUGGUAGUGCUGUCAACAGCAAUAUCUCACCCUGCGCGCCGUGCAUAAUUUGCUCACCGCAAAGUGCGUCAAUAAAUUGUAUACCCAUACCAAAACCGGCACCUAUACCACUCAGUGGCCAGUUUUGCUGCUGUUGCACAUCUGUAACUGGAUCGACAGUUGGGACCUUGAACAGAAGGAAGUAA